AUGUCAACGAAGAUCACCGUCGCGCUCGACUGGACCCCGAACGGCAACCACCUCGGGUUCUUCGUCGCCAAGGAUAAGGGCCUCUACGACGCCGCCGGUCUUGACGUGAAGAUCGUUUCCCCCGCCGACGCGGAAUACAACGGAUCAUACAAUCCCGGGGACCGAGAUGCCGACGCCCCCGGUGCGCCCAAGUACGUCACCCCUUGCAGCAAAGUCGCCGAGGGCAGCGCGCACUUCGCCAUGAACUCCCCGGAAGGCGUCGUCGGCUGGAACACCGCACCCGGGCGCCCGCAGCUCAAGGCAGUAGCGGCGCUCCUCAGAGACCGCAACUCAUCCGCCAUCGUGGCUCUCAAGUCCUCCGGGAUAAACUCCAUGAAGGACCUCGACGGGAAACGAUACGCGUCCUACGCGGCGAGGUUCGAGGGGCGGAUCGUCCAGCGCAUGAUCCAGCACGCCGGCGGCGCCGGCGACUACGUCGAGGACACGCCGCCGAUGCUCGGGAUAUGGAACACCCUCCUCGAGGGCGACGCCGACGCGACCUGGGUCUUCAUGCAGUGGGAAGGCGUCGAGGCCAAGUUGAAGGGCGUCGAGCUCAACGCGUUCCCCGUGUGCGAUUUCGGCGUUCCCUACGCGUACGCGCCGUGCCUGUGCGCGCACCCGGACUGGCUCGUUGCCAACGCGUCCGCCGCGAAGGCGUUCCUUAAAGCCACCGCUGAGGGCUACGCCAUUGCGUCGGCCGAACCGGCUUACGCCGCGGAUGCGCUCGUUCGCAUCGCCAAGCGCGACCACUCGUUCGACAUCGACCCGGAGCUCGCCAAGGGAAGCGCGGAGUUCCUCGCGGACAAGUUCCUGGACCCCGACACGAAGCGAUGGGGUCGCAUGGACGGCGCCGUGUGGAGCGAAUACGUGAACUGGCUGUGGGAGAGCGGCUUGCUGACGACGGGGAUGCAGAGCAGGCACCCCGACGGAGGCAGGACGUUCUCGCUCGACGACCUGAGGGCCGGGAACGCGGGCGAGAGGAUCGCGCUUGAGUCCGUGCCCGUCGUGUUCACGAACGAUUACCUGCCAUGA